AUGAGCCUUGAAGAUAGCGGAGGUCGCGGCCGCCUUUCUGAAGUUGACAAUCACCUACUGAAGGCGAUCAUCAAUUAUCAGCUUAAAACAGCACAGGUUGCCCAAGAACAAGGCACUGAUCAUUCAACAGUCCGCUAUUUGGAAGAAAUUGAAAAGGUGAAAAAGUUGAGCAAGUGGGUGCCGCAUGAACUGAGCGAGUCCCAAAGAAACUGCCGAUUUGAGAUCUGUUCAACGUUUCUGUUACGCAACAAGAGCGAUCCAUUGCUCGAUCGUGUUGUCAUGUACAAUGAGAAAUAG